AUGUCCCAGACGAUCAACGAGCAGCCCACAGCGACGAGCGAGCCCGUCGCGUCUUCCUCGGGCGUCGCGGCUAAGCUCAGACAUGGUGCGGCGCGGAUAGGGCGUAAAGUGACGACGCGCCAUGGUUGGUUUGGGGACUACGACUAUGCUUGGUUAUGUACGCCUACGCUGCCGAGCUAUACGCGGGCGGCGCGCACGCGUCGGCCUCCGCCGUUCUACGCGCUCGAAGCCGACAUGCCGUUGCUACUCGCCAUUGGAUGUGGAUUACAACAUGCGCUGGCUAUGCUGGCUGGACUCAUCACACCACCUAUCAUCUUUGCGGGCUCUUUGAGUCUGGACGCGUCGACUUCCGCGUACAUGAUUUCAGCGUCACUCAUUGGCUGUGCGCUGCUGAGUUUGUUACAAAUGUCGAGAAUACGGAUAUGGAAAACGAAUUACUUCAUUGGGACUGGGCUACUCUCCGUUGUUGGAACAAGUUUUGCUACAUUAAGCACGGCGUCUUCGAUCUUCAAUGCGAUGUACGCAGACGGGACAUGUCCGACUAUCACUGCUGCAGACGGAACGACGAGUCGCGGUCCUUGUCCUGACGCGUACGGAAUGGUGCUCGGGACGUCUUUGGUGGCCUCUUUCCUGGAGAUGUUUCUCUCGUUUGUUCCACCUCGCAUUCUCAAGCGCAUCUUCCCUCCAAUGGUCACCGGUACGGUUAUUGUGAUGAUCGGCAUGUCCCUCAUUGGCUCGUCUGGAAUGUUGAACUGGGGAGGAGGCUCAAACGGAUGCGAAGCGCGUCCGGCUACUGGCAUCUACCAGCUCUGUCCGACCAUCGACGCUCCCAGACCUCUCCUUUGGGGUUCUCCCGAGUUCAUCGGCCUUGGCUUCCUGUCAUUCAUCUCUAUCGUCCUGACAGAGCUCUUCGGAUCGCCGUUCUUGAAGAACAUCUCAAUUAUCGUCGGUCUCGUUGUCGGGUGCAUCGUAUCGGGAGCGGCAGGCUAUAUCGACGGCAGCAGCAUCAAGAGCGCGCCGGCCAUCACCUUCCUAUGGGUGCAUACCUUCAAGAUUGGCGUGUAUGGCCCGGCAGUUCUGCCUAUGCUCGCAGUCUACAUCUCGCUGAUGAUGGAGGCCACUGGUGACAUCACUGCAUCCGCUGAGGUAUCUCGUGUAGCGGUGGAAGGCGAGGAGUUCGAGAGCCGCAUUCAAGGAGGACUGCUGAGCGACGGACUCGGCGGGUUCUUCUCCGCACUGUUCACGGUCGCACCCUUAUCCGUCUUCGCGCAGAACAACGGUGUCAUCGCCAUCACCCGAUGCGCAAACCGUCAAGCGGGACGCUGGUGCUGCGCCUUUCUCCUUCUCUUCGGCAUCAUCGGCAAGAUUUCGGGGGUCUUCCUCGCCAUCCCCAACUCUGUGCUUGGAGGCGUUACGACCUUCCUCUUUGCAAGUGUCGUAGUCUCUGGCGUGCGCGUCCUCUCAUACCUCCGCUUCACCCGUCGCGAUCGCUUUAUACUUGCAGCAGCCUUCUCGUUCGGCGUUGGAGAUCUGCUUGUGCCGGAUAUCUUCACGCAUCUGUUUGACGACGUCAGUGCGAACAAGGGGCUGCAAGGCUUCCUCAACUCUAUCUCGAUUAUCCUGACAACACCUUUUUUGAUAUCUGGUCUUGUAGCUGUUGUGUUGAAUCUCAUCUUGCCGGAGGAGAGCAUACUUGAGAUGGCAGAGUCGGAUGGCGAGGACGAGGACGUCGUCGCGGUUGAGGAGCAAUCGGAUCACAAGGGGUCAUCUCAUUCGACUGAGAAGCAUUGA